UGUCGCCAGCGGCCCAGGAAGCAGCAUGCACCGCGAUGCCACCGACAGCAGCGGCGUCCGCCGCGGCCCCACGCCCGCCGCACACGCCGGCCGUGCUGCUCCGGGCUCCGCGGACGGGCGGCGGGCGGCCGACGGCCCGGGCGGGGGCUGGCGGGGACCCGCGGCCGUGGCUGCCGUGGCCGCGCUGGCGCUGUGCUGCCUGGUCCCGGGUUGGGGACCGGCGGCGGGGGCCGGGCCGGGCGCCUUACUGCUGCGUCUCAGUCUGUACCUGAGCGGCGCCGCGGCAGCCUGGCUGCUGGGGACUCUGAUCGCGCUCGUCUACUGGAGCCCGCGCGCCCGGCCGCCGGACUUCGUCUCUUCCUGGAGCCGCCUGGCCGCGGCCGUCCGCUGUCCGCUGCGGAGCCCUGUAUAUGGAAAUCCACAGGAGACAUCUCAGGGCAGAAGAGUGGUCAUUUCUCACAACAUGGAUCGAGCUCUGAAAGAUGUGUUUGACUACACUUAUAGAGACUAUAUUCUCUCCUGGUACGGGAACCUCAGCAGAGAUGAAGGACAGCUCUACCAUCUGCUCUUGGAAGACUUUUGGGAAAUCGCCAAGCAGAUUCGCCACAGGCUGAAUCACGUGGAUGUGGUUAAAGUUGUGUGUAAUGAUGUUGUAAAGGCUUUGCUCACUCAUUUCUGUGACCUGAAAGCUGCUAAUGCCAGACAUGAAGAACAGCCAAGGCCUUUUGUGUUACAUGCAUGCCUGAAGGACUCACAUGAAGAAGUGAGAUUCCUUCAAACAUGUUCUCGGGUUCUGGUGUUUUGCCUUCUCCCUUCGAAGGAUAUCCAGUCUCUCAGCUUACGCAUAAUGCUCGCAGAAAUCCUCACAACAAAAGUCUUGAAGCCAGUAGUGGAGUUACUGAGUAACCCUGAUUACAUUAACCAGAUGCUCCUUGCCCAGCUGGAGUACAGAGAGCAGAUGAAUGAGCACCACAAGAGAGCCUACACAUAUGCUCCUUCUUAUGAGGAGUUCAUCAAGUUCAUCAACAGCAACUCCGAUGUGGAGUUCUUGAAGCAGCUCAGGUAUCAAAUUGUAGUGGAAAUAAUCCAAGCAACUACAAUAAGCAGCUUUCCUCAGCUGAAGAGGCACAAGGGUAAGGAGUCAGCAGCCAUGAAAACCGAUCUCUUGAGGGCCAGGAACAUGAAAAGGUACAUCAACCAGCUGACUGUGGCAAAGAAGCAGUGUGAGAAGAGAAUCCGAAUCCUGGGGGGUCCUGCCUAUGACCAGCAAGAAGAUGGGGCCUUGGAAGAAGGGGAAGGGCCUCAGAGCCAAAAGAUUCUUCAGUUUGAAGAUAUUAUGACCAAUCCUUUCUACCGAGAGCGCUUUGGAACCUACAUGGAGCGGAUGGACAAGGGCACUCUGAUUGGCUUUUGGGAGUCUGUGGAGCACCUGAAGAGUGCUAACAAGAAUGAAAUUCCACAAUUAGUUGGUGAAAUUUAUCAGAAUUUCUUUGUGGAAAGCAAAGAAAUACCGGUGGAAAAGUCACUUUACAAAGACAUCCAGCAGUGUCUCGUAGGAAACAAAGGCAUCGAGGUGUUCAGCAGAAUCCAAGCGGAUGUGUACGAGGCGCUACGGGACAGGUAUUACCCGUCGUUCAUCGUCAGUGACCUGUAUGAGAGGCUGAUGAUGAAGGAGGGAGAAAAGCAGGACGCACAGCAGACUUCUGACAGGGAUGAACUGAGUUCAGGAAGUGAGGCUGGUGAGGAAGCCAUAGAAGGCACCAGCGGGAUUAGCGAUCAAGCCAGCUUUGCUGUAAACAAACUUCGAGAGCUGAGUGAAAAACUUGAAUAUAAAAGGCAAGCUCUAAGUUCUAUUCAAAAUGCACCAAAACCCGAUAAGAAGAUUAUUUCCAAGCUGAAGGACGAAAUACUGCUAAUAGAGAAAGAAUGCGCAGAUCUUCAACUACACAUGGCAAGAACGGACUGGUGGUGUGAGAACCUGGGCCUGUGGAAAGCAACCAUCAACAGUGCAGAGGUGACAGAAGAGAAUGGAGAGCAAAUGCCUUGUUACUUUGUCAGGGUAAAUCUACAAGAAGUUGGAGGGGUUGAAACUAAGAACUGGACCGUCCCAAGAAGGCUCAGUGAGUUUCAGAAUUUACAUCGGAAACUUAGUGAGUGUGUCCCUUCUUUAAAGAAAGUCCAGUUGCCUUCUCUCAGUAAGCUGCCUUUCAAAUCUAUAGAUCACAAGUUUCUGGAAAAGUCAAAGAAUCAGUUAAAUAAAUUUUUACAGAACCUGCUUUCAGAUGAAAGACUGUGUCAGAGCGAAGCCCUGUAUGCCUUUUUGAGCCCUUCUCCUGACUACCUCAAGGUUAUUGAUGUACAGGGGAAAAAAACCUCCUUUUCCUUAUCUUCAUUUCUGGAAAAACUUCCUCGAGACUUCUUCUCCCAUCAGGAGGAGGAGAUGGAAGAAGACAGCGACCUGUCAGAUUAUGGGGAUGAUGUGGAUGGAAAGAAGGAUGCCUUGGCUGAGCCAUGCUUCAUGCUGAUUGGGGAGAUUUUUGAACUUCGAGGAAUGUUUAAAUGGGUGCGAAGAACAUUAAUUGCUCUCGUUCAGGUCACUUUUGGAAGAACCAUCAACAAACAAAUCCGGGAUACGGUGAACUGGAUAUUCAGUGAGCAAAUGCUGGUUUACUACAUCAACACCUUCCGGGAUGCUUUUUGGCCAAAUGGGAAAUUGGCACCGCCAACUAGGAUCAGAAGCGAAGCACAAAGUCAGGACACAAAGCAGAGAGCACAGCAGAAGCUACUUGAGAACAUUCCAGAUACACUUCAGAGCCUUGUUGGACAGCAAAAUGCCCGCCAUGGUAUAAUAAAAAUAUUCAAGGCACUGCAAGAAACAAGAGCCAAUAAGCACCUGUUGUAUGUACUGAUAGAGCUGCUGCUCACUGAACUGUGUCCCGAGCUGAGAACUCACUUGGAUCAAUUCAAAGCUGGGCAAGUCUGAGACUGCACAAACCAACCACCAGAGAAAUGUCUGUGUAAUAAUAGACAUGAAAUUUUCCUCUUUUCCACAGAGGGCCUGACAAGAACACAAUGAUUUUUAUUUUCGUACCUCCCUCUAGUUUUCUGUGAGAUGAGCAGGAUCAGAGGGAGCAGACUGAUGCUGUAAACUCAUGUUUAUUGGUUUUUAUUGAAAUGAUAUAAAUACUUUAGAGAUCAACAUGCUGAUUGAAAUGCAAAUGUCAAUAUGUGAUAAGAACAUAGGAAAUAUUUUAAAUAUUUAUGAAAACGGUUUUGUUGUGAAAUGACAAACUCUGACUAUUGUACAGUUAAUUCCUCACUGAGGAUUCCAAACAUUCCUGUGUUUCACGUGUACGAAGAACUCUGUUGUGCGAUGCUUGGUGUAAAGUUGUUGUGAAAAUUUUAUUGUCUUUAUUUUUACCAAAGAUUUCCCAUAGUUUGAAGCAUUUGAAGCAAUAAAAUUUAAAAAUUAA